AAUCAUCAAACGCUUACAGAUCUGUAUAUAAACACACAUUUGCCAACAGCACGCCAGUCAAUUCACAACACCAAAGGUGUAACAAAGUGGUUGAGUUAAUACAUUUUUUUUUAGUUUUCUCUAACGGAUAGUUACCUAUAAUUUUUUUAUUCAAAAUGACACCAAAUGCUUCAAUUCCAACUGGUGUUCUCCACGAAAAUGACGAAGAAGUUUCCAAUGCAACGCUUCCACCAGAGGUCAACAAACCGGACGACCGCAAACUGCAGUUAGUUUGGAGGAACAUCAUUUUGUUCGCUUAUCUGCAUUUGGCCGCUUUGUAUGGAAUCUGGAUCAUGUUCACCUCUGCAAAAGUCGCAACGUCUCUAUUUGGCAUUCUACUUUACCAACUUGGAGGUUUCGGAAUAACGGCUGGAGCUCACCGUUUGUGGGCUCAUCGUUCGUACAAAGCCAAGUGGCCUUUACGUCUAAUCCUCACUUUCUGCAACACUUUGGCCUUUGAAGAUUCCGUCAUCGAUUGGUCCAGAGACCACCGAGUCCAUCACAAGUUCUCCGAAACUGAUGCUGAUCCACAUAAUGCCAAACGUGGUUUCUUCUUCUCUCACGUUGGCUGGCUUUUGUGCCGUAAACAUCCUCAAGUAAAAGAAAAGGGCAAACAAAUCGAUCUCUCCGACUUGUACGCUGAUCCGAUUUUGCGAUUCCAGAAGAAAUACUACACCAUUGUAAUGCCUUUGGUUAGUUUUGUAAUGCCAACCGUCGUGCCAAUGUACCUCUGGGGUGAAACCUUCAAGAACGCCUUUCUGGUCAAUCUCUUCAGAUAUUGUCUAACUUUGAACGCCACCUGGUUGGUCAAUUCCGCUGCCCAUAUGUGGGGAGAUAAGCCCUAUGAUAGGUUUAUCAAUCCAGCUGAGAAUUUCGUGGUUUCGGUUUUGGCCUUGGGUGAAGGUUGGCAUAACUACCAUCAUACUUUCCCUUGGGAUUACAAAACGUCCGAAUUGGGGAAAUACAGUGUGAACUUCUCGACCGCUUUCAUUGAUUUCUUCGCCAAGAUCGGAUGGGCUUAUGAUUUGAAAACUGUUUCAUCGGAAAUGAUCAAGAAACGCGUUACGAGAACUGGAGAUGGAACGCACGAAAUUUGGGGAUGGGGUGAUAAGGAUCAGUCUCAGGAAGACUACCAAGACGCGAUUAUCACUCAUAGGAAGAGUGCGUAGAAAUGCACUUAAGACUGAUUGUUAGGUAACUUAUGUUUGGCUGUUGAUUCAAUGGUUGUAUUAUUUGUUAAGUGUUUUAUUUAAUGGCAGUGCACUCAAUUUGGUGUUGAUUCACUACCUUUUUUAUUUAUUUUUUAGUCUCAAAUUAGUGUAGAUCGUCAACAGUGAUAUAGGAUAAGUCAAUCUAAUAAGUAAUUAAUGCUAGUUGAGUUGGUUGUAAUGUUAAUUUAGAAUUAAGGUUUUUGUAAUGUAAUGAAUGCAUUGUACAAAUAAUUAAAGAAUUAUACUAUUUUUGAAUUAA